CCCACAUUCACAUUUUGCCCGAUGCCCUGACAUCUCACAGAACAACAGGAUGUGGACGUUUUUGCUGCUUGGCAAGGAGUCUGGAGCUUGUCUCUGCUCAGUCAUUUAUUGUGGACCCUUACAUAUAGAUACUACUCUCUGCUCUCUCAUAUUCUGCCUGUAACUGUCCCUACCAGUCCAUUCUAAUUGCUUUAUUCCCUCUUAAUUAGAGUGUUUCCCUUUUUAAACCAAGGCUUAAACUCUGUAUUUCUGACUCCUUUUUGGUUAUCUUUGUCAUCUAAAUGGACCAGGGACAGGGACAUAUGUGCUUCCUCCCAAAAUAUGAUGGAGACACAAUAAGAACUGACUGGGGAUGGAUAUGAAUCGAAUCUGUCUUCUAAUAAUUCUUAUGUUGAGCCCCGAAAUGAGUCCAAUGAAAAUUUGUGAUCUUCGCCUCAUAAAGCUAUAUGUGAAUCGGGUCCGGGUUCUGGAGAGAAAAUCGGCACAAUGCACAGACCGGCCACCACUUUUGGUUCCAAUCAUUGUUCCAAAUGUUGAGGUCAGACUUGCAGACUGGCAAAACAUGACGGAAUUACAGCAAGGGACUGAAAUUCUCUUACAUCUAAAGCUGCUGUUGAAUGCAACAGAAAAUGUGAAAACCCCAGAGUGUUUAUCUCAACAGCUAAUAAAAAUUACUCACAAUAUCAAAGAAACUUAUGGCCUCAUUAAUAAGGCCCUAGAGCGUGUAAGCAUUAAUUCUAUCCCAGUGGAAUUAUCUGUCGUCCCAUCAGACAGUCGGCAUAUCAGUACCUCAGACAGCACAGAGAUUUUUAACAAAUUCCUUAAACUUCUUCUUGGGAAAAUGUCUCUUUUUCUUCAUCGUCUGAGAGAAAGCCCCUGCAGGUGACGCUCUUGGACUGACCACACGAACAUCACUGAAAUAUGUGGACUACACUGUACCUUGCCAGCCUAGUUCAGGUCUCCUCUGUCCUUUUAGAACUACUGAACCUGCUCAUCUACAGCAGUGCCCUAAUUCCAAAAACAUUUGCUUCCCUGGAGUAAACAAAAAAUAUGUAUAUUUGUGUAU